AUGCCUCCAGGACGUAGCUCGGGAGGUGGGAGAGGCGGAGGGGGCCGAGGUCGAGGUCGAGGUCGAGGCGGCGGCGGCGGCAGGAGGCCAAGAGGCCGCGGCGGGCGAUCGUCUGGGAGAGGCACCGCCCUGCCCAGCUCAAUCACAGGUCGAGGAGGAGGAGGGGCCAAGGGUCGCGAUCGGCGUCAGAGGAAUGGAGGGGACGGGAGAGGUGCUGGAUAUGAGUUUGAUGACGGGGGAGGGGCAAGCGACAGGCACAAGUACGACGACGAAGCGGGAGACAGCGAUAAUGGGCCCGGUCCGGAGGACUCCGACUUUGAGGAUGAAGAGGUCGACGAGGAUGCUGCCUUCGACAGCGCCGACGAGGCACGGUACGGAGAACUCAUGGACACCAUCCUGCAGCGACGGAGCGGCAAGCAGGGAGGUAGUAGCGACGAGGAGGGAGAUGAAUCAGAGGACGAGAGUGAGGACGACGGUGGAGAGGGUGGGGGUAUGUCCGUUAUGGACAUGCUCGCCGCCAACGAAGCGGCAGAGCUAGCCCAGAAGAACGGUGUUGUUGCCGGCACCGGCAAGGGCAAGGGUAAAGCCAAGGGUGGCGGAGGCGUGCAGGAGAGCAGUCGCACGGCCGAGGUCAGCAGCGCCGAGAGCUCCGAGGGGGACGCGAUGGACGAAGACGUUUCGGACGAAGAGGCACUGGAGGAUGACUCGGAUGAUGAUGAUGAAGAUGAGGACGAGCGGCACGCGCGACUGAUGGGCUUCGUGGGGGGCCUUGGGGAUCAAGCGGCGGCGGCGCAGCGAGCGGCCGAGGACAGGCGCUCCUCGCAGCUGCUCAAGGAGGGGGAGUUCAACUCUGCUAGCGGUGGUCUCGCGGCAGGCCGCGGCGGCGGCGCACGAAAAGGUGCCGUCACCAUGGAGACUCUGAUGGGAUCUUUGCAGAAGAGCAAGGGGUUCGCCGCGGUGAAGAAGCAGGUGGCCGCUUUUUCCGGCAAGUCCGGUGCACCCGCCGCGCCGGUGUCGAAAACCGCGGAGCUCAGGGCCGAGAGAGAGAUGGCCUACGACAACCGCAAGAAAGACAUGGGCAAGUGGGUGGCCCCGGUGCAGGCGAACCGCAAGGCCGAGACGCUGGACUUUGCCCCCACGGUGAAAACAAACCUCAGCAACGCCGCGCUAGCCUCAAAGAUGGAGGCGACGACGGACAUGGAGAAGGAGGUGGAGAUGCUCCUGACGGCGGGAGGCGCGUCGGAGGCCGGCCUGGCUGAGAACGAGAUGGAGGAGCUCAAAUCCAAGGCGUACACGGUGGAGGAAGUAAAGGAGCGGCAAGCGGAGCUGUCCAAGAUGCGCGCUCUGAUGUUCUACCAGGAGAGAAAGCAGCACCACAUGAACAAGAUCAAAUCGAAGGUCUACCGCAAGAUCAAGAAGCGGCAAAGGGAUCGGGCCGGCGACGCGCAGCAGGAGGAAGAGGGCGAACUCGGAGAGGUGGCGGCCCGAAAGAGGGCGGAAGAGCGCAUGAGCCUGAGGCACAAGAACACGUCCAAGUGGGUCAAGAACGCUCUCCGCGCCAAGGGCGGUGCCGGGAAGGAUGACAGGAAGGCUAUCGCGGAGCAGCUUAAGAUAGGCCAGGAGCUGAGGGCUAAGAUGGGCGGUGUCGACGGCAACAGCUCAGAGGACAGCUCGUCAUCAGAGGAAGAGGAGGGGGGGGGGGGUGCCAGCAACGGCAAGAAGAGAAGGUCCGCCCUAAAAGACACGGACAGGGAAGAGCUAGAGCGCAUCGGAGAAGACGAGGACGGCAUCGCGAUGAGCGGGAAGGGAGCGGCGCUGAUGAAGAUGGCCUUCAUGCAGAAAGCCAUGGACAAGCAGCGGGAACGGGCCAGAGAAGAGGCCUCGGUGGUGCUGAGGGAGCUCGAGGAAGCCGCCGACGCCGACGCCGACGCCGACGCCGACGCCGACGCUGAUGGUUCCGAUGACGACGAGACGGUGCGGCGCAACAAGCGAAGCAAGAAGCGCGCGGGUAAGGCAGGGGGCGCCGCUGGAAAGACCGAGGAUGCCGGGGUGGCCUCGAAGGAGACCAGGGCCAAGGCGACGGCGGAGGUGGCGAAGGCUCUCCCCGCCGGUGCCCUGCAGUCUUCUGCCGUGAGCAUGGAUGCGCGGGUCAGGUCCAGCGUGGCCUCGCCAAUCACGAUCGACCUAGGGGACGGGAGCGGCCCCGUGUUGUCUUCGGCGGAGGACAAGGUAGAAACGCUCAAUAUGUCGAACAAGAAGAGCACCGGCGGUGGAGGAAAAGGGGGGGAACAGGAACGUUCCAAGAAACGGCGAAAAGCGGGGGAGGAUGGGGGCGGCGCGGACAGGGGUCAAGAGGAGGUGGAGGAGGAGAAUGAUGACCAACAGGAUGACGAGAGCAACCCUUGGCUUGCGCCUACCCCUCGACGGAGCAAGAGCAGGCGCCGCGUACCCAACGGCGAGGUUUUGCUGGACGUGCGGAAGGCGGCGGCGACGGCUCUGUCGGCGUUUGGCGGCGGUUCUGCUGGCGGCAAGGAGGGGCCGAGUGCAAGUGGCGACGCUACGGACGACGACGUUGAACGCGAGGGGGGAGGCGAUGCCGAGGACGCGGGAAAUGAUUCGGCGGGGCCCCUGUCGUCGGGGAAAAAUAACAAUAACAAGAAAAACAAGAACAAUUCACCUCCGAACGAGCAGGCGGAGCAAGAGCAGGGUGGCGGUCGAAAGAAGAGGAAGAGGAGGAAGAGGGGCGGCGGUGGCGGUGCCGGCGACGCUAGCGGGCGCGAAGGCGCUAGCGGUGCCGGUACCAACGGAGAGGGCGCCAAGGCCCGGGCGGCCACCGAGAAGGCCGCUGGCGGCGGCAACAAGAAGGCAAAGACCGCCUCGGAACCUAGCGGCAAGAGCGGGGUAAAGAAGAGUGGGGAAGGUUACACCGCAACGCCGAAGCUCGCCGGCCUCUCGAACGAUGAGCUCGUUCGUCGGGCCUUCGCCGCCCCGGACUUCGAGUCUGAGUUCAAGGACAGCAAGGACGAUGAGAUCGAGGGAGAGCUCGCGAAGGGGCGGGAGAAGCUGCCGGGAACCUUGGCGGGAUGGGGUGCGUGGGCAGGGGAUGGGGCGCCGGCGCCGCGUGGGCCAACCAAACACCAAGUGCUGGCCAAGAACGCUCAGGUCAAGAAAGAGGAAGCCAUCAAGAAGGCGCGCAAGGACGAUCGACUGCCCAAGGUUGUGCUCAACGAGAAGCGCCAGAAGCGAUCAGCCAAGUACAUGGUGUCCGAAGUUCCUUACCCCUUCACCUCCCGAGAGCAGUACGAGCGGAGCUUGCGCCAGCCCAUCGGCGGGGAGUGGAACACCUCUCAGAGCGUGCGCGCCAUGACACGGCCGGCGGUCAUGGUGCGUGCCGGCGUCGCCGUCGCCCCGAUGAAGCUGGGGAAGAUCCACAGGGACAACGCGCGGGAGAGGAGCGCCGUAAAGGAGGCGAAAGGGGCGACGCAGGCACAGGGCAAGAAAAGGGGGGGUGCCGGUAGACGGAGGGGCGACAAAAAGGAGCAGUAAGAGGCGCUUGUUGUUUUCCUCCUUCUCUCCCGAUAGUUCGGACAAGUCUCAAGGGGGCCUGUUUUCUUCUUCGUUCUGAUGAGUUACAGGUUUUGUAGAGACUAUUGUAGCGGGUGGGUUGCUCCCGUCUCUCGGGGACGUGGCGAGGCACCGCGUUUUUGUGGUGCGGCGUCGGGAUGUAGGCCCUGACCGGCUUUCCAGCACAAGGAGCCAACAAACCCGCAUGUUGCUGCGUGGUCCACGAAUUGUUUGUAACGCUUGUUUUCAGGUCGUCGUCUACCUGAAAGAGUGAAGGUAGUUGUUGCAGAUUAUGAAUGUUCAUGCAGCAUAUAUUCCUCAGAUGAGAGAUGUUGGGCGCGAGGGUAGGUGCACCGCGCUCGGGAUUUUAUAGUUUCAGUGCCAUAGUACCCUUGGGCGCACCCGCUCUAGUUCUCAGACCAGGACAUGGAUGCCUAACAGUAAGUAGUUUUCGGCCUGCCCGUCUUUCCCUCAGAACCCCCCGUCGUUUGUUUAACCUGUCUU